AUGGUAGAGGGCGUACACAAGGUGGGCGAGGAGGAAAUUAGCCAGGCCGUGGAGGUCGGGGAAAUGGUAAUGCCAGUAGAGGAGCAGUGCAACCAAACAAAGAGGUUGCCUAUCAUGAUGACAAGGCUCAGUGUUAUGCUUUUUCGGGCAAGACCGAGGCUGAGACUUCAAUUUGUCUUGGGAUUUGAUAUGGUUUCUGAUGUACUUGAUGCCCCUCGUCCAUUGUCUAAAUUUAAAGAAGUGUUUCCUACUGAUUUUCCUGGUGUACCUCUGGAUAGAGAUAUAGAUUUCAGCAUUGACUUGGAACCAGGUGCUCGCCCCAUUUCCAUCCCUCCUUAUCACAUGGUUUUGGUAGAAUUGAGAGAGUUUAAGGCUCAAAUCCAGGAACUUCACAUUCUUCCUAGUGCUUCCACGUGGGGUGCUCCUGUCUUGUUUGUUAAGGAAAAAGAUAGUAGUAUGAGGAUGUGCAUAGACUACCAGCAAUUAAAUAGGGUCACUAUUCGGAAUAAGCAUAUGUUGCCUCAGAUAGAUGAUCUUUUUGACCAGUUGCAGGAUCAAGCCAAACAGUUUGAGGAUGAGAAUUUGAGUGAGAUUAGAAAGAAGACAGUGUACGGUAAGGCACAAGUUUUGGUUCUUGAUGCGGGGGGUGUGCUUAGUUUUAAGAGGAGAAUUUGUGUUCCCCGAGUGGAUGACUUGAUUCAGAAAAUGUUGACAGAAUCUCAUGGUUCGCGGUAUUCCAUUCAUCCGAGUGUGACUAAGAUGUACCGAGAUUUGAAAAGCCUUUAUUGGUGGCCUGGUAUGAAGAAAGGCAUAGGUGAGUUUGUGGUUAAGUUCCAAAACUGUCAGCAGGUAAAGUAUGAGCACCAAAGGCCGACAGCUAGAGUAAACUAUAAUGCUCAGCAGUUGGCUAAGGAUCGUGUGAAAGGGAUAGUGAGCAUUGACAUGACACCGUUCAAGGCACUUUAUGGAAGGGUAUAUAGAUCACCCAUAGGGUGGUUUGAGGCUGGAGAUGUAAAACCUUUGGUGGUUGAUUUGGUGAAAGAUGCUCAGGAUAAGGUUGGUGAACAAGUUCUUCUAAAGGUGUCACCCAUGAAAGGGGUGUUGAGGUUUGUCAAGAAGGGCAAGCUUAGUCCUCGAUACAUUGGACCAUUUGAGAUCCUUGACUGUGUAGGGCCAGUAGCUUAUAGAUUGACUUUACCCCCUAGAUUAUCUGGAGUUCAUCCAGUGUUUCAUGUGUCCAUGUUGAAUAAGUAUCAUGGUGACAGAGAUUACAUCAUAGUGGGAUUCAGUUCUAUUAGACAAGGACCUUAA